CUUUAAAGCAUAACAGUCGAAGUGUGAACGUCGCAGAGAUUGGGCGCGGCCCGCGUCAUCAAAAAGUUUCAUGUACCGCUCGGUGUCUCUAAUCUGCGCUUUGAGGAAGGCAAUAAGUCGAACGCGCUUACGGAGGGUUGUAUGCCUGCAUAAUGAAGGGUGAAUGUGAGCCCGAGGUGCACAGCAGCUACGAUGUCUAUGGAGGGGGCCAACAUGCUUGGAGCGAUCUGACCGAAGAGCGGGCGGCGCGCGCCGUCGAUACGACACCAUGUGCGGCCCUUCCUGUCAAUAGCGUAGCGCUCAACUCGGAAGGAAAUACUUCCACGCGUGUGUCUCCACCAAGGUAAUGGUGGGUGUCAAAGUUGAGAUUGCACCUUCUCAUUGCGCGACGGAGAGCAUAAGCUUGCGUACACAUCUGAAGCGCAAUCCGACAAAGAUGCACCUUGUGCUCCUUCUUGCCAUCCCAGGAAAAGCAAAGCAGAGGGUAGGGAGCAUCCAAGCU